AGCCUGUUGGUCGGGGCCGCGCGCGCGCGCGCGGAGCCGCCGGGGGUUCCCGCCCGCGGACACCUGGGCCCUGGCCGUGCCGCAGCCCCGCCUGCCCGCCGCGCCACCAGCCAUGCGGCAGCCGCUCUACCGCUGCUACAACAUCACCUCCGUGGAGAAGGGCUACUCGGCGACCAUGGGCGGGGUGCUUUUCAGCGCGGGCCUCCUGGGCAACCUGCUGGCGCUGGGGCUGCUGGCUCGCUCGGGGCUGGGGUCUUGCCCGCGGCGCACGCCGCCCUCGGUCUUCUACGUGCUGGUGUGCGGCCUGACGGUCACAGACUUGCUGGGCAAAUGCCUCGUGAGCCCCUUCGUGCUGGCCGCCUACGCGCAGAACCGGAGCCUGUGGGGACUGGCGCCCGCGUCGGACAGCUCGCUGUGCCAAACCUUCGCCUUUUUCAUGUCUUUCUUUGGGCUCGCCUCCACGCUGCAGCUCCUGGCCAUGGCCCUGGAGUGCUGGCUCUCCCUGGGGCACCCCUUCUUCUACCGACGGCACAUCACCCUGCGCCGCGGCGCGCUGGUGGCGCCCGUCGUGGGCGCCUUCUGCCUGGCCUUCUGCGCGCUGCCCUUCGCGGGCAUCGGGAAGUUCGUGCAGUACUGCCCCGGCACCUGGUGCUUCAUCCAGAUGGUGCACGAGGAGCGCUCGCCGUCGGUGCUGCGCUACUCAGUGCUCUACGCCAGCCUUAUGGCCCUGCUGGUCCUCGCCAUCGUGCUGUGCAACCUGAGCGCCAUGCGCAACCUCUACGAGAUGCACCGGCGGCUGCGGCGGCGCCCGCGCUCCGGCACCAGGGACCGCGCGGAGCCGGGCGCGGGCGAGAAGGAGGCGGCUGUGAAGCCCCUGGAGGAACUGGACCACCUGCUGUUGCUGGCCCUCAUGACGGUGCUCUUCACUCUGUGCUCCCUGCCUUUAAUAUAUCGUGCUUACUAUGGAGCAUUUAAAGCGGUCAAUGAGGAAAAUGGCACCUUGGAAGAAAUGGAAGACCUCCGAGCCUUGCGUUUUCUAUCUGUAAUCUCCAUUGUGGACCCUUGGAUUUUCAUAAUUUUCAGAACACCGGUAUUUCGGAUGUCUUUUCACAAGAUUUUCAUAAGGCCUCUUAUGUACAGAAAUUGGUAUAGCAAUUCCUGCCGAACUAACAUGGAGUCCAGUCUGUGACAGUGUUUUACCAUCCAGUCUCUGGUAAGCUGAGGAAUAUGUCACAUCUUCUAUCAAAGAACCAUGAUUUAAAAAAAAAAAAAAAUUUACAAUUUAAAAGCUAUCUCCCAUAACAAAACAUCUAAAUGUGUUUUCAGAAGUAUUUGAUAACAUCUUUAACAAUCUGUGGUCACUCUAGUCAUGAACCAGUUCAGUCGAUUUUUUCAUCUUGAGUUAUGAACAGCAACUACAAUUUCAUGUAGUGUAACCAACGUUAACAGUCUUCAAGCGAGGAUAUUAAUUGUUCCAACAUUUGGGCGUGGCGUCCCUAAUGUUUUAGAGAGAAUAAUGACACUUCUGGGUGUUUAUUUGGAUUCCGGUAGAAGCACCAUUAUUUACAAUUAUGUGAUGUGUGUUCUUAAAAUUUCUUAUCCUAUUCA